UUUUCUCUUCUGACAUCCAUCAUCCGUGGAUCGAGGACAGUUCUGAACCAGGUUGUGGAGCCUUGGUAAUCCAUGCUCUACAGAAAUUCUGAGAGGAUACGGUACACAUACGAAAUUGGGAAAUAAGGCGUUCUUGAAUCUUCGGUAUUUGACUUACAAUCCACGCAUCAUGUUCUCUCCACGCCAUCGGUAGCUCUCCCAGCAUCUUCAAUCUCGACCUCAACGUGAAAAAGACGAGCGCUCUCCAUGAUCGACGAAUUCUGCACCGCUUCAGCCACUACAGGGAGAUUGCGGUGAUGGUCGGCGCAACUGAGAGGAGUAGUGGUUUCUUCCGUUUAAAACACCACCCUUCACCCGAUUUGUCAGCUCCUACUCCGGCACAUGGAAAUCCUCAAACAACAUAUAUUUGCUCGUCCAAACCUACACAAACAUUUUGUCCAGUGGAUUGGAGCUCACCUUCAUCGACUUCAACCUCUCAUUUCACUUCCUUCGACAUUGAUAUCACAUCCCAAUAGAACGAAACGAGUGCCGACCCGAUUUUGGCUAGCAUGAUCCAAGCAAACACAUAACUCAUUCCCGCAUACGCGCCUCAUGUCUCCUACGAGAGUUAUCAGUUAUUAUUCAUUACGAUGGGUAUCGACGUGGAGGUUGGGAUGUACUUUGGGGUCGGCUUUGGUUUGGGCUUGGGUAGUUCUGAGAGUGUUCAAACUUUAUGCUGACGUUGGCGUUGUGGCAUCGUUUACGGUAUCGGAGAGGGAAACAGAACCAUUGGCACCGACAGUAAAGACGGCGCACGGAAGGAUACGCCUCACGAACGCCUACUCAUAUUCAACGAAGGUGGUCGGAUUCGGUGGUCGAAGGUCGUUGAUCACCGAAGGUCGUUACGUCUCAUUUUUCUUUUUCCUUCUUCUAUCUGAUUUACCAUCGGUUCAGUUCUUCGUAUUCUCUCCUCGAUUUCUCCUGGCUGUGCUUUUCCAUCAGAACGCAUUUAGGGCAUAUUCCGCAACGCGAGUGGCCCACUUGAGAAAAAAUAGAUACCAUAAAGGAAUGACAUCAAUAUAAGCAGCCGGUUCAGCCAUCUCCGAAUCCUUGCAAAAGUCGUGGGAAUGAAGAUCUUCGUCAGUUCAUUCUCUUCUUCUAUUUCCAUCGCCCUCCUUAAACACGGUCACGCUUCUUUCAGAUCGGUCUCAUCUGGCA